UGGAGCGCUGUGGGGAAGCGGCCGAUCUGCGAAGUCGCGUGGUGCCUCCGUCUCGUGGAAAAACUCUCUGGCGCCCACAUUGUAUAGGAACUAAAGGAAAUGUUUGGACAUUUCUCUUCCCUUUCGGGACCCAAGACGGCCUGUGGCUCCUAGCUCAAGCGUCUGGACAUAUGGCCUGCGCAUUCGACGUUCGAUGAGGCCACUUCUGCGUUAUCAGCUACCUGGCCUCCAGGGAGGGUGCAUUGUGGGUAUAUCGGCUGAGUCUGGGGCACGGCGCCGUCAAAGCCAAGAACGAACGCUCAAGUUUGACAGAGGAAGCCAACGAGGCACUUUGCAUUUAUCCCCCUACUAUCCCAAAGAUCUCCUUACGGAGCACAGCGGGAAAGAACUCGAGAAACCCACCACCUCCACCAAAGACCUCCGAGCUGUCGGUUCCGGGUGACUGGGAAUGUGAACAAGAAUAAGCUGUUCAUUUCCUGAUGGCUCGUGGUGUGUGCUGACGUGUUGUUUGUGAUGGCCUCUGAGGCCGAGAAGGCCCAUGCUUUACUCCAGUCUUGGAGCACCGAGUCUCUCGUUUCCAGCCUCGGCCUGGGAGUGUUUUGCCUAGUAGCCGACAGACUUCUUCAGUUUUCAGUAAUUCAGCAAAAUGACUGGCUCCGAGCCCUUUCCGAUAAUGCGGUGCAUGGUGUCAUCGGCAUGUGGUUGUGGGCGAUUGUCAUUGGAGUCAAGAAGACAACUGACUUUGGAGAAAUCAUUCUAGCUGGGUUGUUAGCCUCUGUUAUUGACAUAGACCACUUUUUUCUAGCUGGAUCUUUAUCUUUAAAGGCUGCUUUGACUCUUCCCCGGAGACCUUUUCUUCACUGUUCUACUGUGAUCCCCGUCGCUGCCCUGACCUUGAAGUUUACUAUGCACCUUUUCAGGCUCAAAGACUCAUGGUGCUUUCUUCCCUGGAUGUUAUUUAUAUCCUGGACCUCACAUCAUAUCCGAGAUGGAAUUCGUCAUGGCUUGUGGAUAUGCCCAUUUGGGAAAACUUCUCCUUUGCCAUUCUGGCUCUAUGUCAUAAUCACAUCCUCUUUACCUCAUAUUUGUUCAUUCGUUAUGUAUUUAACAGGGACCAGACAAAUGAUGUCUGCAAAACAUGGAAUUCAGAUUGAUGUCUGAAGCAAUUGUGACACACUGAGAGAAGGAAAUGGUCCAGACAAUGGUCAUUAAGGGUAGCUGAUAUUACAUAUUUUAAAAAUAUAUUAUUAUAAUUCCUGAAUCCUCUUGCUCAGGAGGCAUGUGCCCUUUUUUUAAAAAAGAAAUAUAUAUACAUUUGUUGUAAUCUGACUUCUAUAAUACAAUAGUACGGUAUUAGCGUUUCAUUUCUCCCAUUGUAUGCUUUUAUUGUAUCUUCUGUUCACCUGGCUUUACCAGUAGCUCUAGUAGAUUAACAUCCAGUUACGUUUCCUGGAGGUGUACAUUUACGGCAGUCCACUUCAGGAUGGAAAACAGAUCACAUUGUCGGGGGCCUAACUUGUCAGUGUUUGUGGCCACAUGUCCUUCCCUGAGAUGUUGGAACAGUGAAAGAGCCAGAAUAAAUGAGAUCCUGAAUAAGA